AGACUGGAUCGACCUGUAAGCGUGCAUAUAAUAUGAACCCGAGCAAGCUUAAUUUUUUGUAAUCAAAUGGCGUGUUCUUUCCUCCUCCUCCGCCUCUUUUGGAUCCGAUCUCAAACGUCCUCUUGAUGACACUAGCAGAAUGAGCCGAGUCUACAAGGAUUUCCCGUCGUCGCUGCUUCUGAGGCGAGGGCCGGGCCUCGCAGUCGGAGGACGGCUUGCGGCGGAGGGCGAUAGCCUGGAGCUGGAUCUCUUCUCAGCCACCCGCUUCACUGGUCCUCCGCUCGGAUCUGGACCUGGAUCUGAUAGCCUCGAAGAAUUUAGCAAGUCGGUUGCGCAAGCUAGGUUAGGGAGGAGCGGCAUGGAUGAUCUUCUGGAUGCGGAGCUCGGGAAGCACGAUUACGAUUGGCUUCUAACUCCACCUGGAACUCCACAAGCUGCUCCUCUGGUUUCUAGCGAGAAUCAAGUGCCUGCUGAUGCAGCAAAGCGAACUGUUGUUAGAUCAGCUUCAACUACUAGAGCAUCUAGGCUAUCUGUUUCACAAAUGGAGAGCAGCCAUUCUAUACGACCAGCCAGAAGUAGUUCUGUCACUCGAGCUUCUGUCUCAUCUAGCUAUUUAUCCAAUCACAAUCGCACCUCAGUCCUGAACACUAGCUCUGCCUCAGUCACCUCUAGACCAUCAACCCCUAUCAAACGGCCAGUUACCCCUUCUUCAGGAAAGACACCAGUGCUAACAUCUCGUUCUGUGCCAACACGUUCAUCCACUCCUGUAAAAGCUAGAUCCGCCUAUGGCUCUCCAGUUGUUAAAUCUGAACCAUCACACAGUUCUAGGCCUGCAACUCCUUCUAGGCCUCAAACUUUUAAUAAUACAAACUCAAUCAAUACUUCUGUAAUAUCCUCGUCAAGUUCUCGACCAUCAACACCCACUAGACAACCCAUUUCUCGAGCAACACCAUCAGCACCAACAGCAGCAGGGCGCUCCCCCUCUGUUGGGAGGCUUCCAUCUAGUAUUAGCCGCAUUCCAUCUUCAACAACUUCUUCCCGUCCCAGCUCCCCAAGUCCACGGCCCCGGCCACUAGUAAAUUCAGCAUCUUCCUCUCGUCCCAGUUCACCAAGUCGACCUCGAGCUCCAUUGACUCCAACAUCCUCUCGUCCCAGCUCCCCUAACCCACGACCACGGGCUCCAGUGCGGCCAAUUGAUCUCCCAGAUUUUCCCAAUGAUGUGCCACCAAACCUUAAGACAAAGUUGCCUGAACGUCCUCUAUCAGCUGGGAGGGCACGGCAUGGAAUGGCACUUACUGUCCAAUCAAAUUUGAAAUCUGAACCAGUUGUUCCUUCAAGUUCAAGCAGGAGGAUUUCUUUACCAGUGGUUUCUCGGAGUAAGUUCCCAGAAAAUUCACCCAAGCCACUCCAUAGCAAUGGACACUACAAUUCACCAGAGAACCACAAGCCUGUGACAGCAGAAGCUGGACUUCGCCGGAGUCCUAAACCAGCUUUAUCUACAGAAAAUACUGGAUUCGGAAGGACAAUAUCAAAGAAGUCACUCGACAUGGCUAUCAAGCAUAUGGACAUUCGACAAAGCUUGGGAGGUAUUCGUGGUGCAUCAAUUUUUCCUCAUAGUAUUCGUUCUACAGUUCCCAAGAACCGGAUUGUUCGUUCAUCAGAAGCCAUCGUUCCUGUCAGCAAUGACGAAAGCUUUACUGAAAAUGGUAGCUAUGAUGGAGCUAUCUCAGUAGAUUCCCAUGUAGCAAGAUCGCACAACAUAAACUCCAUCAUCAAGUCUCCAGAUAUGAAAAAUCUCACAACCAUGGAGCAAAUGAAUGACCUAGAUCUCUAUGGUAGCUAUAGGUAUGAUGCAAUGUUGAUGAAAGAGGACUUGAAGAAUACAAACUGGCUUCUAAGCACGGAUGAUAAAUCUGAUCAAGGCUCACUGUUUGAACACAGGUUUGAACCGCUACCCGAACUUUUUGAUCCUCUAUAACAAUUCAGUUCAUUGUCAGUCGAGUCUGUCAUGACGAUUUAAUAUGCCAUGUUCCACGCAAUCUGUUUCUUGAAAGCUUGCUUUUUCUUGUCCACAACAGGAUGCAUUUUUUUUUAUCGAAUUGGAUCAAAAUGUGGUUCGAUCUGCAAUAUUGUAACACCUUAUUUUUUAUUUGUUCUUUACAAUUUUAUUUCUGCUGGUAAAUUGUACUUGUACCUGGUAAUGUAUUCUGCAUCAGCGAUUAGUGGUUUAAUAAACUUCAUCUUCUCAAUCUAA